UAUUUUUUCAGUCGUUCGUGUAUUUUAUAGUUCAAGAUAAAAACUAAUCAUUAGUCGAAAAUGAAGUUACAGUAUUUUCUAGUGUUCGUUUUUUCACAACUAUAUCAGGCAAGAAAUGUAUCUACUUCUGGAAGUAGUCUACGGAUACCAUUGACAAGGACGUCGGAAUCGGAUGGGUAUUACGGUUCUUUCUCAAUUGGAACGCCACCUCGAGAGUUUAAAACGCAUUUUCAUACAGGAUCCUCCCAACUAUGGGUACUCUCGAAAAGCUGCCAGGAUUUGGUAUGCCAAAAAGAUGGCCUUAACCUGUAUGACCACGAGAAGUCAACAACAUACAAACAACCACCAAAGCCUAAUUGUCAAAAAAAAAUUGAAUAUGGUGGCUUUCCUGGCUUUACAGAGGUAGCUGGAUUUUGUUCAAGUGAUACAAUAAAAUUUGCCGGAGUUGAACUCAACAACACAGAAUUUCUCGAAGUCAUUAACAACACACGGUUCGAAUUAGAUGCAUGCCAAAGUGUUUUUGGAUUAGGAUAUGAGUACUCCAGACCAUCCGAUAACAUCAUCACACAACUUUGCCGGACGAUUAAUCGAGAGAAUAAAUUUUCAUUCUAUUUUAAUAGGAAUACUGAUGGUGGUGAAUUAACGUUAUGUGGUGUAGACGAAUCAAAGUUUCGGGGUCCUUUGAAUUACGUGAAUGAAACUCAACCAUUCGGUAGAUGGUGCAUUUCAAUUGAAAACGUUUCAUUUCAACUUGGCCCAAAUCAUACCAAUGUGGAUUCAGAGACGACAGCCAGAGUUGACAGCAGCGCUCAUUUCAUCAGUGGACCAUUAAAAAGUAUCAAGGCAAUAUAUAACGUUACAAACGCUGACAUGAGAACUACAAAAGUCGAUUGCAAAGAUAUCCCGAAGUUUCCCAGUGUCACAUUCGAAAUCGGUGGAAAAAAAUACACACUUGAAGGAGAAGAUUACACGUUUAAGGUUGAAAACGAUUAUUCUACAGCAGAAUGCAUGAUGGGUAUUAUCGAAAAUAUCGUCGACGAUGACACGUCAUGGUAUUUAGGAAAUGUUUUCCUCCGGAAGUAUUACUCCGUUUUUGACCUGGAUAGCCACGCGAUUGGAUUUGCCGAAAGCAUGCAUAGGGCGGCCAUUAUUGUUCAUCUUUUUUAAAAAAUCAACGUUUUUAUGGGAGGGACCCCCUAAAAAUAUUCUUUCCGAUAAAAUAAUGAAGUCCCAAACUCACGUCUCUAAGCGAUUAAGGUUGCGUAACACCAUCAGCGUGUCUAUGUUCUCUCCCAAGGCCACACGGUGUAAUACGUUUCGACGCAACUCGGGAAACUUUGAUACAUUUUCCACAGCAUUGCCCAUUAGAAUAGAAGGAGCUACCAAUUUGUUACUGCUGCAGUUGUAAAUAGACACGUUAUUUUACGUGUCCAAAGGGGAAAGGUACAUAUAGCUGUAUUUCUGCUCAUUUCUUAGUACUCAGCAUUAACAGAAAAAGAAUGGCCUGUGAAGGGGGGGGGGGAAUUGAGGAGAACACGCAAUGUACCUAGUCUUUUAAAUCGUCCAAGAAUGUACCUAGUUUGUUGCAGGCAGUGUAAAAUUUCAGAAAGAAAUAUUCGACCAUACUAACAAAAAAAAAAACGACGAGCGCUUUCUUAUUCGAAUAAGAAGCAUGCGAUUCCACAUUUAUUGAUAUUUUUUGCCUACGUUGAUCAUUUUAUCAAAAUAUUGAAGUUUUCCAUAAAUUUUACGAGCUUGAAUUGAUUGAACAUUGAUGCCUGAUAUUCAUUAGUAGGUCUAGUAAGUAUUGAAGACUGGCAAAGUUAUAGUUUCCGCUUUGCAUCGGAUUUAUUCCACGUCGACGUACUCACGAUACUGUGCACCUUCAAUCGCUUUGAGGCACGGGUUAAAAUUAUUUUUACAUUUUGAAACAUUCAGGGUAUUUUUAUUUCAUCCAAAUGAAUAUUUUAGGGGGGUACCCCGAUGAAAAUAUCAUGUUUGAAAAAUAAGGACCGCUCUACUCAACACUGAUUAAACAUCACAUGACUCAAAGAGCAUUAAUAAGUAGUGUGAAAUCAACAUCAAAUUCAUACAUAAUUUGUUUUACUUUUUUAAUUAUUAUUUACAUAUUAAGCAUACAUACCUAGCUACAUUUUAAAUAUUUUCAUUUUUUUUAUUCAAUUAUUCAUCUUUAUCCUGUAAGCUUUUUUUUUGUCAAAUAAAUUUGAUACUUUUUUCAAA